AUGAGUGGAGAAUUGAUUAUUACAUUUGACGACGGAGCGAAACAUGAAAACGUCUCUGUAGCUGGUGAGUUCACUGGCUGGAACCCUAGUCACAUGCAACUGGUGUCAGGUACCAAGUUCAGCGCGAGCUUUUCCAACAACAUUCACGCUGGCCACGACUACAUGUACAAAUUUGUGGUUGAUGGCGAGUGGAAGUUACUAGAGGGCCACACCACCAGGACGGAUUUGGAGGGUAAUGUGAAUCACGUGGCUACCGCCACAAUUGUUGAAUCGGACAAAGCACCUGCGGCUGCGCACACUCCUGGAGUCGUUCCAGUGGCCAUUCACAGGGAGGGCGCGGAGCACCGUUCGCUGAGUGAGAUGAAGGCGCACGAUCGCCAGCGCGCUCAGUACUUGGCGCAGCAAAUCGAAUCUGCUGAACACAGGGAAAAGCAGAAGGAUUCAGAGGAAAUCGCUAAGGACCGCGCUCAUCUUGGUUCCGUCCAGGCGGGUGCUACCACCCAUAUCGACAAUGCAGGAGGGUUUACUGAAGCGCCUUCCACCCCUUCGAAAGAGCGCAAGGACAAUUCUGUUCGCGAUAUAUUUGAGGAGAGCGAUAUCCCUCCUGCCACGGAUCCUGAUUCCACAAUUGGAUCCGCAUAUACUCCGGACAAGUCCUGGAGCUCUCCUGCUCGUGCCAAUGCCGAGGUUGUCGGCCCUUCUGGAGUGAGCACUCCACCCAGAGUCUCCGGUAAGGACAAUGGCUCGAUCUCUGACCUCAGCGCCCCGGCUACUCCUACUACCAAGGCCGCCAAGGUUCCUGCAUCCAAGCCUACCGAUCCCCCUAGCCAGGUUACCGAGUCCGCUGCCCAAGCCACCGAGUCCACUGGCCAAGCUGGCGAAUCCGCUGGCGAGUCCGCUGGACAGUCCGCUGGACAGACCACUGAGUCCGCUGCCAAGGCCACCACUUCUGCAGACAAGCCUGUCAACACUGACAGUGCCAAGAAACAAGAGAAAGAAAAACCCAAGCGCGGGUCUCUACGCAAGUUUUUUCGCAAGUUCAUGGACUAA